AUUUAAUCAGUACAUUCAAAUUUAGCCUGUUCUCAGGGUCCAUGAUUACAAUGAAACUGGUAUUUUAUGAGCAGAUUUUGCUGCCCUCUGUAGUUUAUCAACAGUAUAUCAGACUGGCCAAUGUUUUACCAGUAAACCAAGUUAAAUUUUAACCAAACAGACCAUCCCCUGUUUCUUACUGUUGCACUACUGCCCUCUGUCACCAUAUGAUCUGGGACUCUCUGUUGAAGUUGAGUAAAACAGAUAAGGAAUAGAGAGAGACAUAGGAGGACAGAAAAGACAGAGAUAACGUAAGUAUUGUUUUGGGGAAAAAAGGGAUAAUUAAGGACAGGAGAGGAAAAGUGUUUUCUGACAAGAAGAGGGACUCUUGGGUGUGUAACAGGCGUUGAGAUGUCUGGAACAAGUCGUUGCAUGCUGGUGGUGGUGGUGUUGGUGUGCGUGUGUCUCUUGGGUCCCGCCGAGGCCUUAGGGGGGGCCAAGAGUCGUCCACGACCUCAAAGGCGACCUAAAAAGCCAAAGACUGAACCUGUCGACAAGACCCCACCUGCUCAGAACAUAAACAUAGAUCAGAUGGCAGGGAAAUGGUACCUCAUUAACACCGCCUCCAAAUGCCCUCUCAUGUUAAAACAAGCCACCAGCAUGGAACCAACUGUGAUGACCCUCACCCGCCUCUCUGACCAAACCCUGUCCGUCAGUACUAAAACACGGCAUAACCAUCAGUGUUGGGAGAUAUUACAGGUCUACCACCAAACUCCCACCACAGGACGACUAGUUCUGAAAGGUCGUAAUCCUGAUCUGGACACAGUCGUAGUAAUUGGAGAAUCAGACUACAGCUCCUAUGCUAUCCUGUUCUACCAAAAACGAGGAGAAGUCACAGUGAAACUCUACACACGUUCACCUGACAAUCUGCCAGAGCCAGUGCUGGUCAAGUUUGAGCAAGUUUCUGAGAAGCAUGGUUUGGGCCUGGCCUAUGUCUUUGGAUUGCCCACCUACAGUCAUUGUGGGGAUGUGGACAAGGACCAUGUAAUCAAGUGCAUCCCCACGUGCUGAAGAGGAGGGGCCACUGGCCACUCCGAGGGAGCAGAAAAAGACCGAAGCCCCCCCUUAAGUGGCGUCUUGUUGUGCAAUGUCACCACCUCCGUGUAAAAAUAAACACGCUCUCUAUACUCUGUGUUGUUUCUUCUGAUUGAUACC